UGGUUCUGGACGCCUCCAUGACUGCACGCAACCCGCAACAGCUGGUUGCAUUUAGGGGGUUUCAUUUAAAACGUAUAUUUGAUAUUAUUCUGAUGCUGGAUUUAUUCGAACAAUGCAGACCCAAAGUUAUGGAGUUAAACAAACUAUUUUGAUAGAGAAGUUACGCUUCCCGUACCGUCUUGGAAACACUAGUCUGGAUUGUUUUGCGUAAAAAUCGAAACGUCUUCUAUCCCCGUUAUUCUGUCAACAUCUGGAUUAACCAUUCGAUGACAAAUAUUAUUUUAGAAUUUCCUUAGUUCUGUGUGAUCAUUUCCUUUUUCAUAUAUCAUAGUGUGUGGACGCUUAUCCUGGAUUUGUGCUUUUUUGGAUACCAAUGAGUUCUGCAUGUAGAUUAUGCAUUCUUUAGGAUGGGUGCGAACAAUGGGAAACAGUAUGGAAGUGAGGGUAAAGGUAGCUCCAGCAUCUCCUCUGACAUUAGUUCGAGUACAGAUCACACACCGACCAAAGCUCCAAAGAAUGUGGCUACCACCGAAGACUCAGACCGCAGCACACGGACAUUGAGCACCCCCAGCCCUGGCCUCAUCCUGCCCACAAAGUCCCCUUCCCUCUCCUCCCCAGCCCUAUCCAUCAAUGGCCAUGAGUCCACCUCCCCCUCUGGCUCUGCAGAGACCAUCGCCAUGGUACACCCCCAGCCAGGCACUCAGACCCGCUCCCGCCAAUCUAAAGGUCAACACUACGCCCCCAUCGACCUCCUCCCUGAUCAUGCCCUCCUGCAGAUCUUCUCUCACCUUCCCACCAAUCAGCUGUGCUGCUGUGCACGGGUGUGCCGGCGCUGGUACAACCUGGCAUGGGACCCGCGCCUGUGGAGCACCGUGCGUCUGACAGGCGAGCUGCUCCAUGCCGACCGUGCCCUGAGGGUGCUGACCCACCGGCUGUGUCAGGACACCCCCAACGUGUGUCUGACCCUGGAGACAGUAGUGGCCAGCGGCUGCCGGAGGCUCACUGACCGGGGGCUGCAUGCAGUGGCUCAGUGUUGUCCGGAGCUGCGCCGCCUAGAGGUGACCGGCUGCUACAACAUCUCCAAUGAGGCCGUGUUCGAGGUGGUUUCCUGUUGCCCCAACCUGGAGCACCUCAAUGUCUCAGGCUGUUCCAAGGUGACCUGCAUCAGCCUCACCCAGGAGGCUUCAGUCCAGCUCUCUCCACUGCAUGGCCAGCAGAUCUCCAUCCACUACCUGGACAUGUCUGACUGUUUUUCCCUGGAGGACCAGGGCCUCCGCACCAUUGCCUCCCACUGCCCCCGCCUCACACACCUCUACCUGCGGCGCUGCACGCGCCUCACUGACGAAGCCCUGCGCCACCUGGCUCUGCACUGCCCCUCCGUCAGGGAGCUCAGCCUCAGCGACUGCCGCCUGGUGGGGGAUUUCGGGCUGCGCGAGGUGGCCCGCCUGGAGGGCUGCCUGCGCUACCUGAGUGUGGCCCACUGCGGCCGCAUCACAGACGUGGGGGUGCGCUACGUGGCUCGCUACUGCCCGCGGCUCCGGUACCUGAAUGCGCGGGGCUGCGAGGGCCUCACGGACCACGGCCUGGGACACUUGGCCAGGAGCUGCCCCAAACUCAAGUCCCUGGAUGUAGGCAAGUGCCCGUUGGUGUCAGACAGCGGGCUGGAGCAGCUGGCACUGUAUUGCCAGGGCCUGAGGAGGCUGAGCCUGAGGGCGUGUGAGAGCGUGACGGGUCGAGGGCUACGGGCCAUAGCCGCGAACUGCUGCGACCUGCAGCUGCUCAACGUACAGGACUGCGAGGUGUCGCCGGAGGCACUGCGAUUCGUUAGGCGCCACUGCAGACGCUGCGUCAUAGAGCACACGAACCCCGGGUUCUUCUGAGAGAGGGAUCACUGGAUUCACCUUCUGACAAAUGGAUAUGUUUAAAUUCCUGCUCUGGGGUUGACCAAGAAGAGGGCUGAGUUGUCAGGACUAGUUGGAAAGGGUGUGCAAUAUCCACUUGUGUCUUUUUUGAAGGUUAUUUGCAUGGUUAAUAAUGCUGUUCUUUGCGUACACUCACAUGGAAUGUAUUUAACAUAUUUAUCUGUAUAAAGGGAGGCAAAUGUUUCAAUGUAUUAGACCUUGUUUGGUAUUCCUCUCACAUGACACAUUUCGGAUGUGACGUUUGCUAUGCAAUAACAUUGAGCACUGGGUACAGAUUCAUUUCGAAUGCCUUCUCUUUACCUUUGUCCAUCUUUUGUGCUUCAUUUCCUCGACAUUAAGGAGACAGAUAUUCACCAUUACAUUGUACACAUUCCUUUUUGCGCAGGAAGUUAUUCCACACCAAAACCACUAUGAAUGUAUCACUAGUAAGCUAACCCAAUAACCAGCAUGCAUAUCUGGUGACUUCUUAACCCUGUGUUCAAAUCCAGUAGGAAGAAAGGUGUAUCUUUGUCAGUCUUAAAUGCUUAUAAUGUUUCUUUUUUUUUUUGGUAUUUUGUGUGCAUAUGUACUUUAUCAAAUCUAAUAGACAAUCACUUCAAUUGAGGUCAAUGGUGUCAUGCGUCUUGACUAUUUUAUCUUGCAAAGUACCGUGUAUAGAAUGAAUGUAUGGACUCAAUGUAUGGACUCAGUGUACAACUACGUUUUUACCACCAAAUAGAAAACAAAAGGAUUGAUGUUCUUUUGACCAGGAACACGUUGCUGCUACAAUUAUUCUAAUAAACAGCUUUGUAAUAAACAA